AUGGAGAGAGUACUGUUUAUCACGCUGGGUUUUGUAUUCAUAGGAUGUCCACAGGUAUUGGGCUUGAUAGCACCCAAGCCACCUGGGGCGGUAAUGAGGACAUUUGCAAACUCUAGUUUUACAAGCGCCUCUUCCUCACCAACCCCAACUGCAUGCUGCUUUCUCGUGCAAGAUACCGUCAGCGAAGUCUGGUGGCAGAUAACCAGCUAUUCCUCCACGUUGACCACGGUCAACUUGACAUCGAUCACGACACUAAUUACCAAGUUCCCAAAUACAACUUUGACAAACUUCGAGACCAAUAUCUAUCCCACUGGUGUGAGCGCCACCUGGACAUACCGUGUUGGAGCGAACCCGAUUGCGAAUGAACCAAAUUAUGUUCUGCGGCCCACUGAGGCAGAGCAGAUACUGGAAGGCACUGCACCAAUAACAACGGGAGGAAUCGUGGUGCAAUCACCGGAUGCAUUCUACGUUUACAGCUCGGUGAAGAUCAUCACAGCUGCGCCAGUGACAGAUGCUGGUGGAAACAUCGCAUGCGGCACGACUUCUGAGUACAAUGAAUGGAACGCUGAUCAAUUUUUUUCAUAUCGCACGCUCGCACUUUCGGACAUAAAUUCAAACGCGGAAGCGUACUUCGACCGAUCCGAUGUUGCUGAACCACUUACAUUGAGUGUAUUAUCUUCAUUCGGAACUGAGAUUUUCAUCACUGGCUCUCAAUCUGACCAGAUCUCCUCCAUUUACGUCGAUGCCGAUUCCUCUGAGACUUGUUGCCCAGAUGGUUCGGGCACGAUGAUCACCGCUACGACCCGAACAGAGGUUGUGAUAUCCUUGGAAACACCAUUUAUCUACCUACCAUCCAAAGGAAGAAGGGGCUUUAGAGGAGACACCACAACAUGCCAUCAAACCGGUGGAACCGAAAACUACGGAUACGUUCCCAGAACACUUCUUGAAUACCUGGUCAACAAGUCUGAUUACAGCAGCCAAUAUCCUGGCUUGGAGUCUUGUUUACCUGGUGGCCCAUCGAUCUUCCAGAGCGCGUUCUGCGCGGAUGCAAUGUCAUCAACACUGGAAGUCGUCAGUGACCUGACAAGCACGACAGUCAUCUAUGUUACGCCACCAGUACUAGGAGAUACAACCCAACUCCAUAUCUCAGAUGUGCAGGUCAUGGUGCAUGCUUCUGGAAUCGAAGUAGACGGUGACUUUUCCACGACUCAGCUCCCUACUCCUCCACCACGACCAAUGCCUUCCCCUGUGAAAACAGAACCAUCAAAGAACCCUCCACAGCCGUUACCGUUGAUAGUCAGGCCAACUCCACUACCAACUUCGAUCGGAGCACCUGUUCCGACCACAAAUCCUGUAGGUCCAUCACUACUACCCGCUUCCAAACACCUACCAGGUCCACUACCAGCAUUUACAUCCCUCAGACAGAUAAUCAACUCCAUCAUAGGAGGGCGGCCAGGAUCUCCAGCAUCUCCAGCAUCGCCAAACUCUCCAGCUAUCAUCAUCUCAGCAGCGACCACAAUCCCCAUUGCAGAUAUUCCGUUCUUCCCAGGAAUCAGUGGAGUGACUUCGACGAUAAAUGGAAAUCCCGUAGUGAUAGUCUCAGAGCCCACCACAUUGGCCUCUCCAGUCCGAACAAAGAAUCAGAUUGUUAUCUCAAAAGCAACCACCAUCCCUAUCGCGGACCUCCCAUUCUUUCCAGGUCUUGUUGGGAACACGGAAACGAGAAAUGGAGCAAUCGUUGUUAUCGUCUCAGAACCAACCACUCUUGCGCUUCCAUCGCCAGAGGGUUUGUCUAGGCCUCAUACAAGUGCAGCUAAUCCUAUCCUCGCUGCCCCUGAGGUACACGAUGAGCCGUUGGCCGUUGUGACCGCUGAAUCUGAAAGUCCUGGACUUUUUGUUACGCGACCAACUACGGUUCCUUUCAACCCAGAGUCCCCGGUAUCCGGCAGCACGAUAACAACCUCUGGGAAAAUAUAUAUCGUUGUGUCGACGGCCGUGGCAGUUGGAAGCUCACAACCGAUCUUAAUUGUUGGACCAUCUUCCGCCAUCACAGAUAGUGGCAUCAAGAAUACGCAGGGAGCUGCUGCAAGCGAAACCAGCAGCAGAAAUGAUGCAGCUCCUGAGUUGAAGGGCAGGCUAUGGAGAUAUCUCAUAGUGGAAAGCUGUCUUCUCGUUGGAUUUCUCGCCAUGGUCAUAAAAUGA